CACCGGAUGCAGCCCGUCCCAGCGUAUCCGGUCCAUGUCUGCCGAGUCAGUGUGGUGUCGUCCGGUCAUUAAAAAGAUGUCUAAUGUCGCCUGUGAGCCAACAACGCGUGUCUCCAAGACUUGGCUCGCCCUCAAACGACUUGACAAGAACGAUGACAGAGUGGUGGCUCUUCGUGAGGUGUCCAUCCCUCUAGCAGCCGACGCGUCGGCCGUCAUGCAGAUGCUCGCCGCCUCCUUUGGCCUGUGCUCCUCGGACGUGGUGUUCAAGAUCAGAAACCAGCGCGGGAGUUUGAUCCCUCUGAACUGCUCCAUCCCUGCAAACAGCAAGCACACGCCUUAUUUGCUUGAAGUAGCCAAGAUCUUCCAGCAUGUGCGUCCGACCCCUAAAAGCCUCCCCAUGACCGUGAUCAACAAAAGCAUGAAGACGAGGCUGCACACCAUUGACAAGCGGAUUCAGAGACUGGAAGAGCUUCUGCCCCAGAUAAAACUCAGACGCAAUGAGAAACUCAGCCAGGAGAUUGAAUGUCUGAACCAGAAGCUGAUGUUUCUUCAUAAGAGAAUGCAGGUGGCGGACUCGCACACGUGGAAAGGAACGCUAACCCGAGCGCCGCUGUGGUAAACCUUCAAUCACGCUGAGGACUUUCACCAAAGUGGAUUUAAGGGCUGUGAACCAGGAACACUAAAACCACCACAAACGUACCUCAAAUGUUUUUAAGGUCAACUUAAGACAAGUGUCGAUAAUUGUGUGUUCUGGACUUUGGAUUAGUCGCCAAGUAGGAGCAGCGUGGCUAACCAUGUUGCAUUUUUCAUCUUUUUCAAAAUAAAACUUUAUCCUUUUGAGUUGCAUUGUAAAAAUAAAUAUAAAAGUAGGAUAUUUGUUGACCAGAACUCCCAGGGUAGGGGUCGGCAACCCAAAAUGGACCAAAAAUAAAAUUUAAAAAAAUC